CCUUGCGCCGCCGCGGUGUUUUUGUGGCUGCAGCUCCAGGGACGUGCAGCUGGCAUUCAUUCGCCCUGCUGUUCCCUUCCUGCGCCCCAGGCGCCUCUACAGUCCCCCUGAAAUCUCUGUCCUGCAGCGUGGCGAAGGAGCAGGCUUUCCUGCAGCUAUUUCUGACCCCACGUUUGCGGUUUGACGGAGGGAAGCAGGACAGAAGAGACGCCAUCGUGAGCGAGGGAGACAGGCCCCGAGCGGGGAUCUUAGAAACCCUGCGGUCCAUCAUGAAAUUCCAAUACAAGGAGGACCAUCCUUUCGAGUAUCGGAAAAAGGAAGGAGAAAAGAUCAGGAAGAAAUAUCCGGACCGGGUCCCUGUGAUCGUGGAAAAGGCCCCUAAAGCCAGGGUGCCUGAUCUGGACAAGAGGAAGUACCUGGUGCCCUCUGACCUCACUGUUGGCCAGUUCUACUUCUUAAUCCGGAAGAGGAUUCACCUGCGACCUGAGGACGCCUUAUUCUUCUUUGUCAACAACACAAUCCCUCCCACUAGCGCCACCAUGGGCCAGCUGUAUGAGGACAACCACGAGGAAGACUAUUUUCUCUAUGUGGCCUACAGUGACGAGAGUGUGUAUGGGAAGUGAGUGCCGGAAGCCCAGCCGAUGGGAGCACCUGGACUCGGGGGAGAGGGAGGGACACGUGUGUGGGACUUGGGGAUUUAGUGGGAGGGAUCCCACCAAGGAGACAGAAGGUGAAGACAUCUGGAAACACUACACUGCACACACAGUCAUCAUCUUUUCACACGCACAAUUGAUAAUUUUUUUUUUUUUUUAAUUUUUAUUGCUGCUUCUUCAGCCCAGAGAGAAAGUAUGUCAAGACAGAAAUGUGGACUGGACUUUCCUCAGAGAAGUGGGGGGUGGUAGAAUUACACAGCGUUGCUGAGAAAUGAAGCCUGUGUGGGGUUUUAUGGAUGAGUUAGGAGGUGGACAAGUUGUCAGAUAUUAGGGACCACCAGGAACUCCCUGCUUUCCCUUCUCUUUGGGCAGAGGGUCUAUUCUUGACAUUUGCUCACAUAGGUAGGGAAAGGGGAAUGGGUAUGUUUUACCACUACUGAUAGUGGACCAUUCUUGGAGACCAAAAGCAAUUAGAGCAUCAUGACCCCCUGAUUGCUCCUGUCUUUAUUACCCUUUUCCCUCUAGCCCCCCAUUCUAUUCAAGAUCUCAUGUACAAAUGUCACAGUUCCACCCUGCUAUUGGUCAUAAGCAUCACAUACAGAAAUGGAGCUCCUUUCACUGUUGGAAAACUAGGCGCCAGGCAUGAGGAAUGUUAGGAUUAGGGACUUGAUUGAUUAAACUGGAAUUCACUUAAAGCAUCGAGCAUCUCUGUUCAACCUGCUUGCUCUCUGGUGUCCCUAUACUUCCUUGCAUCUUUAUGCACCUCCACAUUUUCCCUUUCCAGUCACAGACCACUCCUUCAGGCUUUCCAUAACUGGGCUCCAUGUAUUGGGACACAAAAAUCUUAGAAGGGGCCAGAUAGGAGGUAAGAUAGGCAGGUUACACUAUCCUUUCAUCCUGAACUCUUGCUCCCUUGUUGUUGUCUUUUUGGUCUUACUCAUGGAGACAUGCUAAGAGAAGGCUAGCUGCUUCCCCCUUUGAUUUUCAUUCCCUGUGGCUGCUAGUUAGACACAUCUGAGGGAGGGCUUUUAGUCACUCUUAGGGGAUUCUGUUCAUUAUGGUUCUUUUCACUCUGGGCGUGAUUCUUAACCUGGGUGGGGGUGGGGAGCAGGAAUCCACUCAGACGUGACAUUUCACUUCAUCUCUACUAGUGAGAGGGUCCUUCCGGUGGGGGCAGUCCGAUUGUCAGCUCUGUCAGCUGCAGGCUCUUGUAAUGAAGUGUUUUCUGUCAGGCCAUGGAAAUAAAAGAAUUACAUACCUAAAAAAAUCCCACCACAA